AUGGCCUCCACUUCUCUUGCCCUUCUGGCCGUCGCGACAUUGGCCAGCGCCGUCGAUUGGACGGCCUAUGUUGACCCCUUUAUCGGGACAACGAACGCCGGCAAUGUCUGCCCGGGCGCAUCUGUACCAUUUGGUCUCGUCAAAAUAUCAGCUGAUAUGGCUGGCUAUGCGCCCGCUGGCUACAUUGGCGACAUGUCAGCCGCGAUUGAGGGCUUUGCACCCAUCCAUACAUCCGGCAUCGGAGGCGUCUAUGGCUCGUAUGCUUCCUUCAAGGUCAUGCCUAUGAUCUGCGCCUCUUUCGAGACUUGCACUACGAGGAUUGCUGAUCGCUCAAGGCUUCGUCAGGCUGGCAAAGACAAGGCCUCGCCUGGUUACUUUGCGCUCACGCUCGACGAUGGCAUCCGCUUUGAGGCCACUUCGACCCGUCGGGCGGGUCUCGAGCGCAUCACUUAUCCUGCUAGCUCUCGAUCCUGGCUCAGCAUUGACCUGUCACACGAUUCUGCAAAUGGCUUCAGUGGUGGCAACAUGACUAUUGACCCUGUUGCCGGGCGCGUCACAGCGGGCGGUUUCUUCAAGCCUUCCUUCGGGCCAAGGGAUGCUACGUACUCCGUGUACGCAUGCUACGAUGUCGGGAAAGUCACCCAGUAUGGUGUCUGGACCGGCGAUGGCUAUGAUCUCAACGCAAAGGCCAUCAACAAGACGUCUUUGACUUUGCCUGAUCCACAGGGCGAGCAGCUUCAGUCCGGCGCUUUGCUUGAGCUAGACACAUCGGCACAGCACAGCAUUCGUGUCGGUGUCUCUUUCGUAUCGGAAGAGCAGGCCUGCGCCAACGCAGAUCAGGAGAUCGGCCAGGAUGACUUUGACACUGUGCUCAGCAAAUCGCGAGCAUUGUGGAAUGAGAAGCUCUCGAGACUCGAGGUCGACGUCGACAAGACCAGCAUCAAUGUAACGAAGAUGCUCUACAGCUCUUCCUACCGUUCGUUCCUCACGCCUAGCAAUGCUACCGGAGAGCGCGUCGGCAGAUUUGCAGACCCACCCUCGAACCGGCCGUUCUUCGAUGACAUCUAUACAUCUUGGGACACCUUUCGCACUGCGACCCCGUGGCUGUCGCUUCACUCACCUCAAGAUCUAGGCGAGCUUGUCGGGACCUAUCUCGAUGGUUUCCAGCGCUUUGGCUAUAUCGAAGAUGCUCGCGGCGAACAGCUUCCUGGAUAUGCGCAAGGGGGUAGUGAUGCAGAGCCGAUCCUUUCGGAUUGGGUGGUCAAAUAUGGCUCCUCCUUCAGCGUCGAUGGCCAAGAGGUCAUGUCUGCGCUUGAUGCAGACGCAACGAAUACGCCGAAGCAAUGGAUUGCUGGUGGCGGUCGAGAGAACGAUCUUUAUGAGCAGUAUGGCUAUAUCCCGACCAACGCACUGGUCGACGGCAAUAGCGGCGUUCAGACUCGACAGGUCUCGCGCACUCUAGAGUAUGCGUUCAAUGACUUUACGGUGGCUACAGCUGCCCGGGCUCAAGGCAAUCCAGACCGAGCAGACUUUUACUUCCAGCGCUCACUAUAUUAUCGCAAUGUCUUUGUCAAUGCGAGCUUCGACGGGUUCACUGGCUUUGCACAACAGCGGCUGCCCAAUGGAUCAUUUAUUCUGCGCGACCCUCGUAUCUGCUCACCACUCGAUACCAACGCGACCCGAUCGUGCUCAUUGCAGCAAGGCACAAGUGAUGGGUUCUACGAGGCCAGCUCUUGGGAGUACUCUUUCUUUGCGCCGCAUGAUAUGGCUGGUUUGAUCGACUUGACAGCACAAGGCAAUCGGACCGAGUUCAUCCGUCGUCUAGAUUACUUUUUUGACCAAGGUCUCUUCGACCCGUCGAACGAGCCCAGCUUUGCUACACCGCUAGCGUAUCAUUACGUGGACAGACCUGACCUGUCCAUCAAAGCAGUGCGCAAGAUUGUCGCCCAGAGCUUCGGCAUCGGCAAAGACGGUCUGCCCGGCAAUGACGAUCAGGCAGCAAUGGCAACUUUACUUAUAUUCCAUUUACUGGGCAUGUUCCCGGUACCCGGCACGACACAAAUGCUGCUUGGCAGCCCCUCUCUUCCCUCCUUCAACAUCACCAACGCGGGCACAAACAGUAAAGCGACGUUCAGCGUGACCGGAUACGACCCAAGGACCCUCAUGAACCCACCACCGGUGGACGCGAAACUGUAUGUCAGAUCGAUAACGAUCAACGGACAAGCUCAGCCUUCGACAUGCUUCGUCGAUUUCCGCGACGUCUUCGUCAAGAACAGCACGAUCGUCAUCGAGCUGACAGCGAGCACGAAGGAAGGCGGCACAUGUCACGGUGCCGUUCCAGACUCACUCUCCACGGGCGGGUGGAAGCGAUGA